AUUCUACAGGGUGGAGGCGGUCCAGUUACAGUGAACGCAUCGCUCUCAAAUGUAACAGUCGUCGGAUUUGGAAACACCAAAGUCCUCUUCAACACUGUCGAUCCAAACACUUUUGAUUUCUACACGAAAUUGCUUCUGCCGAGGCUGAGGAUCGACGGAAACUAUGAAUUACUGGGUCGAAUUCUAGUAAUUCCUUUGAGAGGAAAGGGAACUUGUUGGUUCGAUGCCAAAAACUUGGAAAUAAACGUGAAGAGCGAGGUAAUAAUAGAAAAGCACGAUGGUUUCCGUUUUUUCAACGUCACUAAAGUCCACGUCAAAUUCAGUAUAGGAGGUCUUCAGUUAUAUAUGGGAAAUCUUUUCGAUGGAAUCAAAGCUUUAGAGGAGUCUACAAACGCAUAUCUCAAUGCCAACUGGAGGCCUGUAGCAGAAUCCCUAAAUCCGAUCCUGAGCAAAACCAUAGAAGAUAUUAUGCUCGAUAUUUUGAGGACUGUUUUCGACAACAUACCUGCGGACUUUUUCCUAAGCGAUAUCGAGUGAUACAAGAGACUGAGUCACAGGAAAGAUUCCUUGUUUCGAGUGGGAUUUAGAAGCACGUUGAUUGUUUUUCAAAAACGUAAUUAAUAUUUUGUGAUUUGGUAUUUCACAGUACGAAGUGACUAAGCAUAUUCUUGGAGAUUCGAAGGAGUUGAACAAUAUGUUAAUGAAAACCUGUAUAACCAAUUGUAAACGGAAAAAUUAUCAAGUUUUGUGAAAGGAUGUUUGAAGUAAGACUGAUAGAAAAAUUCAAUCAAACUUCAACUUAGUAUCUUUGUUAUGCCAUCUCAUACUUGACUUGAAAAAGAGAAGAACUUUUAUCAUUACAUU